CACAUACUGACGACUAACGAGUGUUUCAAUCUGUUUUUACCUCGAAAAUUUCAUUUUUCACACGCUCACACGUUCCCGCCCUCUACUGGAGACAUCCCACUCCAUUGUUGAUAUUUUUACGACACAGCUGAUGCUGCGCGAAGUGGGGGAAGCUUUUGGCUUUCAGAGGUGGGAGCCAAGGAUAUGACUAAUGGUUAAUUGAAAUUUAUUCACUGCACAUUAUGUGGUACAAAAUAAAGUAAUGACGAAGUCACACAGCAGAAUAAUGAAAGGAAAUAACGAUGGUCAAGCAGAAGCCUUAAAGAGCUGAAGUAGAACAGUAUCAGGAGAUUGAGAAUAGUGAGUUGAGGGCUCACAACAAGAGACUAACGAAAAGGGAAAAUGAGGCUGGAGGAGGGAGAAAAGUCGUGCCAUCACCAAAAGUUGCAGGAUGAAAGGAGUUUGUGAGUGAGCAACAGUGGAUGGGAUGUGAGUGGGGAUUGGGUAAAGUGGGGGCAACUCUGGGGGCACAAUCUCCUCAGCUCUGCUGUACAUGGGAGCAUGCGUUUACUGGAGACAAGUGUGAGUAAUUGGACGGAAAUAAACAAUGGAUUUGCCAGCUGUUGAAUUGUGCCACGAACGUUCUCUCGUUUGUCGGAUCUGACCUGGGAUUACUGAGGAGGAUAUCUGGGGGACCGUCAGGGAUAUGCCACGAGAGGACGACAGGCAGUGAUCAGUCGAGAGUUGUGAGGGAACUUUGUCUGCUGAGAUGUUCGGGGAACGCAGGCGACUCGGGAGAAAAAGGAUGGCGUACUCGAUUAAUAGAAGACCAUUGCUAGGGGGGAGUGACAGUGAAUUUGAGGAUGACAUCGAGACAGAAAUGGAUGAUGCUAGUGUCUCUGUACCAGAUCAGAAGCAUCUGCUGCCUCUCCCCAGGGAUAGGUACAACCUUGCUUACAUUGUUUUUUACUUAUUGGGAAUAAAUACACUUAUACCGUGGGCCUUUUUCAUCACUGCCGACGAGUACUGGAUGUACAAAUUCAGGGAAAUUCACUCCAAUAACACAGGCCUCCACAACUAUACGCACACCGAGAUUUUAGAAAAGAGAACAGAUCUCCAAGCGAGUUUUACAUCCUACCUGAACAUCGCAAGUGCCAUUCCAAGCACUUUAUUUUUAAUACUGAAUACAUUUCUUAGUAAAAUAUUAUCGCAGCAAGUUAGAAUGAUCGGGACACAAUCGCUCAUUCUUCUGCUGUUUAUAAUGACAACUGCAUUUGUUAAAAUUAAUACCGACGAAUGGCAGAAUACGUUUUUAAUUAUCGUUCUCACGUCAUUUGCAAUUGUCAAUGCAUUGAGCGCAGUCUUUGGAGGAAGCUUAAUGGGAAUUGUCGGGCGUUUCAACCCAAAAUACAUAACAGCAAUGUCCAGUGGUCAAGCUUUGGGUGGAAUAUUCACAGCUUUGACUGAAAUAGUUUCUCUCUGGAUUGGAGCUAGUCCAGUUGUCUCUGGCCUUGUUUAUUUCAUCAUUGGAGAUGUUGUCCUGUUGUGCUCCUUGAUCGCGUACAUUUUUAUCGAACGAGAGGAAUACUUCUUGCAUCAUAUGGUGGAGAAACCGAGGCCACAAGAGCCCAAUUUCUCGGUGAAUGCUGAAGUUGGUUUUGUCGGGGGACACAGAACUAAUUACUUAAGUAUUUUGAAGAGAAUAUGGCCUCAUGCUCUCGCCAUUUUCCUCACGUUCUUCGUUACUAUGGCUGUUUAUCCUGCUGUUACUGUUCUCGUGGAGAGCAAGGAUAAGGGGAAAGGGUAUGCCUGGAAUGAUAUCUACUUUGUACCUGUUGUCACAUAUCUAACGUUCAGUUGUGGGGAUUACGUCGGUCGUUUCCUCGCCGGAAUUUUCCUCUGGCCAAAGGGUAAACCAUGGCUCAUCGUAAUAUUCGCCAUAUCUCGAGCGAUAUUCGUCCCAGCUUUGAUGUUCUGCAAUGCGCAGCCUCGUCAUCAUCUCCCUGUGUACAUAACAGAUGAUGGUUACUACAUUCUUCUCACUAUUAUCUUCGCCAUUGGCAACGGCUAUCUCUGCAAUAUUGCAUUUAUCCUGGUCCCAACAGUUGUCGAUCCCCACGACAAAGAAAUAGCCUCAGCAAUGAUGGGUGCUUUCCUCGGACUGGGAAUUUCCAUUGGAUCUGCCCUCAGUCUACUGCUAGUAAAAUCUCUUUGAUUAGUUCAUACUCUAGACAAUUUAAUUUAAAGACUUUUUUAUUCUCAACUCAAUCAAUGUUUUUUAUCAAUUGAUUAAGGACAUUGGCAAUUGUGUUUUAAGGUGAUAUUUGACAUUCCUCAAGGGACGCAAUAUUUGCGCUGCAAUUUACUUUUCAAUAUUUGUUAAUUGUUUUAAUCGUAAUUCAUCACUUUAUUGAGUCACAUUUUGCUCUAUUAUCGAGACAAUUUAUCUUCCAUAUUUAUUUGCAAAUUUAACCAAAGGAACUUCGAUCAGAGAAUUUUUUAAGAGAAAUCAGGUAUUCGGAAACGUAAUUCUAGUCGGUUUUGCAUGUACAUAAUUUGUAAUAUGUAUUUGGAGUAAUUAUUUAGACGUUUAAGUUCGAUGAAUUACAGGAGAAUAACUCCAUUGAUUGUUGUAAUUAUAAUUUUAAUAACUUUAUUGAUAAUAAAAAAUUACUGUUUUCAGUCA